AUGAAUUUGCCUUGUGGUGAUGAGGAUUUAGAAAAAACUUUAAUUACAUCUAGUCAUCAAUUGGAAAAGAAUAAUAAAUUCAACGAUGUUAGAAUUAAAAUAAGCGAAUCGAUAAAAGAAACCAAAACUUUAUCCAUUCCGGAUGUGAACAAUUUCGAAAGAGAGAAAGUAAAAAUGAAAAAUUCCGAACCGAUGAUUUCGACAAAAUUAUCAUCAUUAUUAUCAUCAUUAGAAAAUAGUUCCUACGUUGAAAAAAAUCAAAAUGAAAUACCCGUGGAAACGAAAUCGAAUGAAUUUCAUUUUUCCCAAGUUCGACCGGAACCGGAAAACGUAUCGAACGACGAGAAAACUACGACGAGAUCAAAAGUUUUCAAAAAAUCGGAUGAUUAUUACGACGCCAUCAAACCCACGAAAACCGUAAAGUUUGAAAAUGUGAAAAUAUCUCCGACGGAUAUAAAAAAUGAUAAAAAAAUGGCGGGGGAAGGGCGAGGGGUCUCGAUGAAACAACGAGAAUCGGGACCCCGAAAAUCAAACGUCGAAUCGACGAGUUAUAAAAGAAUCAAAAGAGGGUUCGGUAAUUCUCUGAAAGAAAAUUUAAACGACGAGGAAAAAGAAAACGUGACGAAUAAUCACAGGAACGAGAGAAAGAAAAAAUUAGAAGGGAAAAACGCAGUCGGAAAAAAUUACAAUCAUAUAGCUGAAACUUUGGAAAAAAUAGCCAAAGUGACCGUGGAUGACGCUAACAAAGAACCAGCUAGUGAAACGGUGGUGGUGUCACCGGGUAAUUUUAGAGAAAGCAGAGAUGAAGAAAAUCGCAAGGCGAGUCCCGACAUUCAAGACAUAAUAACCGGAAUAGUUAACAUACUGAACGGUAAAACACCCAAACCGUCUGAUGGACACAAAGUCAGACCCGUCCGACCCGCAGGCACGAGAAUCAAUAAUCGAGGACCCCCGAGAAUAUCCGACGUUCCUCCACUCGAUUUCGAUGGACCCUAUAGACCUCUUCCUCCUCCGAAAAGAAUCCCUCCUCCUCCUCCUCCAUUACACCCUCCCUAUCCCUUUGACGUUCCUCCGUCGAUGCCUAAUAUACCGUUGCCUCCGCAACCUCACAAACCCGGCAUAUUCAAACUUCCUUCUCAUCCCUUUAUCGAAGGAGUUCCGAUACCGGAAAGAGUCGUGCCGAACGCUCCGACUAAAAUACCACCUCCUUUGAUCAAUCUACCGUCCGACCAAGUGCAUUUAGAGUACGACACGAUUAGCAUGAGCGAACCUUUUAAUAAAAAGGAUGUUCCGAUAAUAGAAUUACAACCGGAAAAUCCUUUAGCAACGACGGAAGCGACGACGUUCACUUUGAAAACGGAAACGAAACCACCCCUGAGGUUUGAAUUCGAUGAUUCCACGAAAACUUUUAACAUCACCAUCACGACCCCGAGUUCGCCGAGUAGUAGUGGUAAACCGGAAACUUCGAAAAUCAAAUCCGGCACGCAAAAAUUGGGUGGAAUGUCGGCGAAUAAAAAUUCAAACAAGAGAAUAAAACCGAACCUUACUCCGAAUUCUCAAAUUGAUAAAAAUCAAAAUAAAACCCUUCCGGCAUUGAAAGUCGAUCGCGAUAAAGUGAAAACAACCACGACCGAAAGUGUCACCGGCCUCCCUGACAAAAUUAUCAUCAUCACCGAUGUGACACCGCAGAAAGAAAACAACGUGACAAUAAAUACAACGAAUGAUGAUGAUGACGCCACGUUAAUAAAAAAAGAAUCUGAGGAUAAUCAAACGAUGACGGAAGGAAUCAACGAAAGCGAUGAUUUUUUCAAACCGACAUUAAACAUAUCGGCAAUAUUCAAUACGGAACAACAACAACAACAACCGAUUACGACAACAACAACAACUACAACAACAAUGGCGACACCGGAAAUUGAAAAAAAUAAUAAAACCCAAGAAAUAAUUAUUUCCGAGCCUGCAAAUAACGCCACUACCUACGACGUACCAUCAUCAUCAACAACCAUCGAAUCGAUUUCUCCGACCGAAAUCGAAAGCAAAUCAAACAAAACAGAUUUUCUAGAACUUUCCAUUCUUCACGACGAACCUUUGUUCGGCAUAGGAGAAGCAACGCCCGUUUUGGAAUCGUCAUUUCCGGAACUGUCGCCUCAACAAACGGAACCCCAGUCUUCAGCCACGGCAACGACUGCGUUGCCUUCGAUAAAACCCACGCAACCCAUAAUUACAGAAUCGUCGAAUUCUUUCAAAGUUCGUCCGGGUAUCGUUUUGGAUGACCCGGAAUACAAACCGGGUGCGCACAAGAAAAGACCUUUGAUUAAUACGAGACCCAUCGUUACGGCUCCACCACCUAACAGCUACUACGGUGAAAUUUUUGACGUCACCGUUCACGCAAUACAAGGACCGGGAGAUGAAUCGUCCAAACCUGGAAAACCUUACAUCGUACCAGUCAACGUCGAUGGAAUCCAACUACAAAAUUCGCAAGUUUUUCAAGGUGACGUUUCCGUCAUAACGAAACCGGAAGAAGGACAAAAUUUUGUUUCAAUCGAUGGAAAACGUACUUAUAUAAAUUUAUUCGGUGAAGCAUCACCGACUAGUAAAAUAAAUCCGACGCCGACGCCGACGUCGACGUCACAAAUCUCGAUCAUCGGAACUGGGUACGCUAUUCCACAUAACGAACAUUCGUUACAUCAGUCGCCCUCUGGUACCAGACCGGCUACAUCUCCUCCGCGUAGACAGUAUAAGAGACCGAGUCAUCCACCUGUAAGAAUAGAUACUUGCAUUGUCGGCGAUGCUUCCACGUGCGAUUCUUCACAAAACGAAAUGUGUAGGACGGAGGAUGGCGUGUCAUCGUGUCACUGCAGACCUGGAUACAACAGAAAAAAACAUAGAGAUUCUUGUAGGCGUGUCGUUUCAAUGUUGACAUCCAUACGUAUCGACAGGAUUUACGAUAAGAAAAUAAAAUGGCAAGACAAUUUAAAAGAUCCCGAUUCGGAGGAUUAUCAGGAAUUGUCAUACGAAGCUAGUCAAGCAAUCGAAUCCGCCAUGUCGAUGACACCGUUUAGCGACGAUUACAUAAAUUCACGGAUCAAUUCUAUUUACACGGCAAAAAAUUUUGAAACGAAUCAACCCGCCGUUUACGUUAAUUUAACGAUACAAUUGGAAGAAAAUUUAGAUACGGUGAGACCGGCCGUAAAACAAGACAUACAAAGACAUCUUUUAAGAGUCAUACAGAGGAGGAACAAUAAUGUUGGUAAUAGUGCGGUUUGGGUCGAUGCACCACCCGGUAGCAUAUUGGCUUUACAAGAUGUCGACGAAUGCAGUUCGGCAGAAUUGCACGAUUGCCACGAACGUGCAACGUGUUUAAACGUAUUCGGUAGCUUUAAGUGUCAAUGUCCGAACGGUUUGAGAGAUCCUUGGAUCGGUAACGUUCAUCGGGAAGGUAGAUUUUGCGAAAUGUGUCCUUCCGAUUAUUGCAAUAGCAGAGGAGAAUGUAAAUUCGAACACGGACAACAAGUUUGCUAUUGUUCCGGUAGUUUUUACGGUUCUCAAUGUGAAAUAGAUGGUGAAGUAUUAGGAGUUGCCAUCGGUGCUUCCGUCGCAGCUGCUAUCAUAAUCAUACUAACACUCGUUUGCUUGUGCAUGUGGAGUCGAAGGUGGUCGAGAGAACAAAAAUCCGCUAUCGGUGCCGGAAUGGGAAGUCCGGUAUUCGGUUAUAUGGCCACGGGUCCAGCAGUGAAGACUCCAUCGGUGGGUGCACCCCCCUAUCAAGUCACCAUCGAAGAUCGUAUUAGGUGGGCUCAAAUAGCUGACGUGAUGGCAAAAUCCAAUCAUUACGCGCCGGAUCCUGUAAAUAAAACGACGACGACGAGGCCAACCUUUGGCGGUUAUCCAACGUUACCAUCACACACGAUGAGCAUAUCACAUGCCGGAACCUUGCCUUUGCCAGCAAUAGCACCACCCGUACCUUUGCCAAGAUUGACAUUAACUAAUAAACCAGUCAUGGGAACGUACGGAGCUCACAGUCAGAUAGGAACCGUUCAUCAAACCAAUCACGGCAUGAGAUCAUCUUUGGAAACAACGAGUUCCAGCGAAGAAGAAGAUCGUGCUGAUCUUUUGGGAAGAAAUUUUAACGCUCCAAGACCUAAAAGUAGGACGUCGAUAGCCAAUCAAAGUGGAAUUUAUUACGACGUGGAUUACGACAGGUCGGAUGCAUACACCAAACAAAACACGAUACCAAUGAACACUUACGCUCUCAAUUCUCAACCCAGACUGCCUUAUUUCCGAUGA